GGCAGUCUUUGCGACGCGUACGGUACUAGCACGUAGACGACGUCUUGCUACAGUGCAUACCGAGAGAGUGGGUAUUGCCAAGGUGCUAAAGCAGCUGCCCAUGUCAUGAAUAGAAAGCGGCUGAGUUCAGUUAGGGAACACUUGCAUUACAACUGCAGAGCUUUUAAGUGUUUUAAAGAAAAUGGGGGAUAAACUGGAGGUCCCCGUCGGUCGUAAAAGGAGAACCCCGAUCUCUGGUUUGAAAACGAAUGGGUUCAAGAAGUCUGGUGGUGUAGAGAAUAACGAUAAAAACACGAGCCACAAAGUCAUUAACAAGACAAACGAUGAGAAAACAGCGCAAGCGCCAGUCACCGUGAAGCCGGUGUACGACAGACUCCGCUGCCACAGGCUGCAGGAGUCCCUGCUCAGCUCAGCCAGUGGCUACAGCAACUACCGUGGAAUCCUCAACUGGUGUGUGGUCAUGCUGGUCUUGAGCAAUGCACGCCUUUUCUUAGAAAACCUUAUAAAGUAUGGCAUAUUGGUGGAUCCAAUCCAAGUGGUUUCACUCUUCCUAAAGGACCCAUAUAGCUGGCCUGCCAUGUGUCUUAUUAUUGUGUCCAACGUAUUCAUACUAGCGGCUUUGUACAUAGAAAAAAGGCUGUCAGUGGGUUUUUUCUCUGAGAGGGUUGGUUUUUUGCUUCACUUCUUCAACCUCUCCAUGAUCCUUUGCUUCCCUGUGGCUUUAGUGUUGAUGGUCAGUUCCAUGACUCCAGUUGGCGGUGUGUUUGCACUGGCAGUCUACACAAUCCUGUUCCUCAAGCUGUACUCCUACAAAGAUGUGAAUAGGUGGUGCAGAGAAAUCAGACGGGCUGAAGCUCGCACUCUGGCCCGAUCACAGUCAUUCCCCAUGGCCCACAAAUCUAAUGGUGAUGCAGGGCAGGCCCACGUGACGUAUCCAGGGAACCUCAAACACAGAGAUUUAUAUUACUUCAUAUUUGCGCCAACUCUCUGCUAUGAACUCAAUUUCCCACGGUCCCCUCGCAUACGGAAGCGCUUUCUGCUUCGGAGGCUUUUUGAGAUGCUUUUCUUUAUACAGCUGCUGGUGGGAUUAAUACAACAGUGGAUGGUUCCAACAAUUCAAAAUUCUAGGAAGCCAUUUAAGGACAUGAAUUAUUCAAGACUUAUAGAGCGUCUCUUGAAGCUUGCUGUCCCCAAUCACUUAAUCUGGCUGAUCUUCUUCUACUGGUUUUUCCACUCGUCGAUGAAUUUCGUGGCCGAGCUCAUGCAGUUCGGAGACAGGGAGUUCUACAGAGACUGGUGGAACUCGGAGACUGUCACCUACUUCUGGCAGAACUGGAAUAUUCCCGUCCACAAGUGGUGCAUUCGACACUUCUACAAGCCUAUUCUGAAGAGAGGCAUGAGUAAAUGGGCAGCACAGACAGCAGUUUUCCUGGCUUCAGCUUUCUUUCACGAGUAUCUGGUCAGUGUUCCCCUGAAGAUGUUCCGACCAUGGGCAUUUAUGGGCAUGAUAUCUCAGAUUCCCCUUGCCUGGUUUGUGGGCAGAUUUCUGAGAGGCAACUAUGGCAAUGCUGCAGUCUGGAUUUCUCUCAUCAUUGGGCAGCCUAUCGCAGUGCUGAUGUAUGUUCAUGACUACUACAUCCUGAACUACGAGGAAACCCCAGCAGCAGGAAUGGCUUGAGAGCCAUGAAUAGAAAAGAGGAAGAUGGGUUAAGGACUUGGGAACACGGGUGCAAGAACUAUAAUGCUUUGUAUAUUUUCUAUUUUAUACGGGGGGGGGUAAAUCAUCAUGGAUAUUUUUGGAGGGUAAACGUGUCAUCCUUUCAAAGAGGAGCAUCAAUGGAACACAGCGGGUACCUGUUUGUUGAGAUGGAUAGUUGGGAAGUUCAUCUCCAACAAAUGGUUCUUUUGAAUGUGACCCUGUGCACCAGCAUCUGGAAAUAAGCACAAGAAGAGGGCGAGUUUUUCAUGACUUUACUGUUUGAUUUGCUUAUGUUGUGCUGUAAAUACUUCCGAGCCAAAGCAAGCUGUUGGUGCGUGUGUCUGUUUUUAUGGCUUUUUUGGUUAUUUUUACUACUUUGAUUAAAAUGAUAAAAGUGCCCUUGUUAAACCUUAGAACUUUCUACAAAUCAGCUUUUCUUU